AUGUCUCCCGCCGGUUACUCAAACCUCCAAAGCACCUCCGCACACCCUCCCCGCGACUCUCUCGAGCUUGCCUCCCUUGCAUCCUCGUCGCAUACGCCCUCCCAUCGAACCUCUCUAGAAUCCUCUGCCUCUGGCACCCCGUCGUCGCGGAAGCUGUCCUUUGACGAUGAAGACCCCCUCUCCGAGUUGAACCCAGCUGGCGGCGAGCGCCCCGGCCAUCGCAACCGCUCCUACUCCGUCUCCUCCGCAUUUGACUUCGCUUCGAAUCUAUUCCCUCUAUCCUCGACCGCCCAAGGAUAUACAGCACUCGGCGCGCCGUCGAAUACGGCCCUCGAUCCUACUCAGGUGUUGAAUGGGGCAUCAUUGGAGAAGAACAAGUCCUUGACGUUUCUGAACGGCCUAUCGCUUGUAGUAGGCUUGAUAAUUGGUUCAGGCAUAUUUUCGUCUCCGAGCCAGGUCAACAAGAACGCUGGAUCACCCGGCGCAUCUCUCAUAGUAUGGGUGGUGGCUGGAGUGCUCGCAUGGACAGGCGCCGCCAGUUAUGCUGAACUAGGCGGCGCAAUCCCCUUAAACGGCGGAGCACAGGUGUAUCUUUCUAAGAUAUUCGGCGAAUGGGCAGGUUUCCUAUUCACCUGGUGCGCAGUGUGUGUUUUAAAGCCCGGAUCUGCAGCCAUCAUCGCCAUAAUUUUCGGCGAAUACUGCGUUCGGGCAGCCAUUGGCGCAGAGGCCGCCGAUGCCAGUGACUGGCUGAACAAAGGGGUAGCGCUUGCAGGCUUGGUGCUUGUAACCCUCCUGAACUGUAUCUCUACGAAAUUGGGAACGAGGAGCGCCGAUGUGUUCAUGUUUAUGAAGUUCAUUGCAUUGCUUGGCGUUACAGUAACGGGCAUUGUCGUUGCGAUUACGGGAUUUUCGUACAAAGGACAUGCAAGCGAUGACUGGAAAAAGAAGGGCUGGUUUGAGGGAACAGAGACUAAUAUAUCGAAUUGGGCUGUAGCAUUGUAUGCCGGUCUAUGGGCGUUUGACGGAUGGGAUAAUGUCAACUACGUAACAGCAGAAUUCAAAAACCCAACCCGCGACCUCCCCCGCGUCAUCCACACCUCCCUCCCCCUAGUAAUAGUAUCCUACCUCCUCGCCAACACCGCCUACUUCCUCGUCCUCCCCCUCUCCAUCAUCGACUCCUCCAACACCGUCGCCGUCGCCUUCGGCUCCCAAGUCUUCGGCCCCCUUGGCUCCCUCAUCCUCGCCCUCUUCGUCUCGGGCUCCUGCUUCGGCGCCCUCAACGCCACCACCUUCACGUCCGGCCGCCUCGUCUACGCCGCCGGCAAGGAAGGCUACCUCCCCGCCAUCUUCGGCACCAUCGGCCUCGGCAAAUCCCACCGCGCCAUCCGCCUCAACGCCUCCUCCUCAAAAGCUAGCCGCGUCCCCAAGCUCCUCGUGAAAUGGUUUGCCGACCCGGACGCCGGCUUCUUCUUCACGCCCAUCAGCGCCAUGCUGCUCAACGCCACCCUGACGGCCGUCUACGUCGUCAUCGGCUCCUUCGACACCCUGCUCACCUUCUACGGCGUAGCCGGGUACACGUUCUACUUCCUCACGGUCCUCGGCCUCAUCAUCCUGCGCGUGCGCGAGCCGACGCUCGAGCGGCCGUACAAGACGUGGAUCACGACGCCGAUUAUCUUCUGCUGCGUCAGCCUGUUCUUGCUGAGUCGCGCGGUGUUCGCGGAGCCGGUGCAGACGCUGCUCGUGGUCGCGUUUAUGGCGGCGGGCUUGCUGAUCUGGUUUGCGUGGGUCGGGCGCAAGGGGAAAGGCAGGGGGCAGCAGCGGGGGCAGAGGGGUGGUGGGGGGGAGAAGGGCGCGGGGUGGAGGUUUUGGAAGAGGUGGGGGAGGUCGUGA